UGUUAAUAUUUCUGCAAAAAUCUAACACAACAUGCUUGCUGAAGACAUUUCAAUACAAGAGGCCUUCUAAUGAUGUCCAGGAGAGUACUCUUGACAGUCUACUUACUGAGGUCCUACUUUGGCUGUUGGAUGAAAGGGUUCCUCAUAUGGAUGAUAGCAGCCAACUUUUAAAAGCUCUCAAUGUGUUGAUGCUUAACAUUCAGGAUAAUGCUGAUCGAACUUCAUCCUUUAUUGUCCUUAUCAAUCUCUUGCGUCCAUUAGAUCCUUCAAGGACUAAUGAGUCCUUUGCUGCCAGAUAUAAGAGGUUUUCUGAUCUGGUUGUAAAAUGCCUCAUUAAACUGACCAAGCUCAGCCAUGCUCCUGUACAAUGCUUCAGGCUAGAUUACAGACCACUUUUCUUCAAUCAACAACAACACCAAAGCUACAGCUCAGCCUCAAUCACAAGAAGGAUGGAAGAUUCAAUGAUGGAAGAAUUUUCAACACAAGAAGAUUCCCAGCGAUUGUAUUUCUCAGUACAGCCAAUACAAGAAGUUCAAUGGUAGACUUGGAUACUAAAGACUCAAUUGUAACUGAAACUGGAAAUGAUUUGAAUUGUAGUUUGCUGCUUCCAAAGGCCAAGACCUGCUUCUCUAUUUAUACAAAAAAUUUUAACUCACUA